CUUUCUGAGUUUUAUGAAUUUGUACAUAUCUAUUUAGCCUUCCAGUCCGCCGCCUCUUUUUUUGCAUUAAACUUUCUUUGAUCUUCUUCUUCUUCUUCUUUAAUUAUAUAUGGAGAAUUAUCAAAUGUUUCUUCCCGUCUCUUUACCAUCGAACAUGGCGCUUAAUUCUCAAGUUUUUGACAAUUUUCAUGGGGAUACCUCAAAUGGGAUGUUGUCGUCGGAUAUGAAGACAGACAAGUUGAUCCAAGCAGCACAAGUUAAAGAGGUGGUUGAAAAUGGGGGAUUUGUUGGUUCUGAAACAGAGAUAAAAUCAGGUGAGAAGGAAAAGAAGACAAGGAAGCCUAGGUAUGCUUUUCAAACAAGGAGUCAGGUUGAUAUACUUGAUGAUGGAUAUCGUUGGAGGAAAUAUGGGCAAAAAGCUGUUAAGAACAACAAAUUCCCAAGAAGCUACUAUCGAUGCACACAUCAAGGAUGCAAUGUAAAGAAGCAAGUCCAACGUCUAACCAAAGAUGAAACUCUGGUCCUUACCACUUACGAGGGGGUUCACACUCAUCCCAUCGACAACCCAACUGACAAUUUUCAUCAUAUCUUGAGUCAAAUGCAAAUUUACACACCCUUUUAAUAUAUAUGAAACGAUGGAUUCAUGCCUUGGUAAAGCUAGCCAUACCAAUCUUCACUUUCAUCCUUACAUGUGAAAUAUUAUACUAAAGUACUUUGUAAUCUUUGGAAUGUUUUUUUUUUAAUUUGUUAGGAGAUGGGGUAUAUGAAAAUGCAAAGCACUUUUGGAGUUAUUUAGAGGUAAGUCAAUGUGUUAAAAAGAAUUAAUUAUCUUCAAUACGUUUACCA